AUUACAGGCAAACAGUAGUUGCCUGUGUGAACUUUGACUCCGUGAAUCUUACCUUGACAUGCAACAAACAUUUAGUCCAUUAGCUUCACUGAACGUUUAGUUCUGCAGUUAAAACCCUCAAUUCAUCAAUUUAGCAACAAAAGAAGAAAUGGAGGCGAUAUAUAAUGUUCUGGGCUUAGAGUGGCUAGACAGCACAAGUAUUUUGAUUUUUUUGAUUGUUUUUCUGCUGUUGACUGAUAUUUUGAAGCACAGAGUGCCAACAAACUUUCCUCCGGGACCCUUGGCUCUUCCUUUCAUUGGGAACCUUUAUCACAUUGAUCCUUCAAGACUUCAUCUGCAGUUUACAGAGUUUGCAGAGAAAUAUGGGAAAGUUUUCAGCCUUCGUCUCUUUGGUGGAAGGAUUGUGGUCAUUAAUGGUUACAAGCAUGUGAAAGAGGCCUUGAUCCAGCGAGGAGAAGACUUUGCAGACCGUCCCAGCAUACCGUUCUUUGAAGCCUUACAGGGGAAUAAAGGCAUCGUGCCUUCCAAUGGUUACCAGUGGAAACAGCAGAGGAGAUUUGCUCUUCACACGAUGAGGAACUUCGGUCUGGGAAAGAAGACUCUGGAGCGAGCCAUCCAGCAUGAGAGCCAGUACCUCACAGAUGUUUUUGCAGAUCAGCAAGGCCAUCCCUUUGACGCCCACUGGAUUAUAAACAACGCUGUAUCCAACAUCAUUUGCUGUUUAGUGUUUGGUUGUCGAUUUGAAUACACUGACAAGCAGUUCCAGACUAUUCUUAAGAACUUCAAUGAGUCAGUGCGCUUAGAGGGAACCAUGUCCGUACAGAUGUACAACACAAUGCCCUGGCUGAUGAAGAGACUGCCUGGAUCUCAUCAGAGGAUAUUCACAAUAUAUAAGCAUAUAACUGCCUUCAUAAAAAUCAAGAUCGAGGAACACAGAGAGAACCUUGAUACCUCAUCACCAAGAGACUUCAUUGACUCUUACCUUAUAGAAAUGGAAAAGAACGAGGACAAAGAUUCUGGUUUUGAUCUCAUCAAUUUGUGUUUUUGUACUCUGGACCUCUUUAUUGCUGGAACUGAAACUACAACAAUUACUUUGCUUUGGGGGCUGCUAUACCUGAUGUACUACCCAGACAUACAGGAGAGAGUCCAGGCUGAGAUAGACGCCGUGAUUGGUUCAUCCAGACAGGUCUCUAUGUCUGACAGAGAAAACAUGCCCUACACUGAUGCUGUCGUUCAUGAGAUACAGAGAAUGGCCAACAUCGCCCCACUCAACUUGUUCCACAUGACAAACAAGGACACCAUCUUGGAUAAGUACACAAUCCCAAAGGGGACUAUGAUCCUUCCAACUCUGGACUCUGUGCUACAUGAUGAGACAAUGUGGGAAACUCCAAACACCUUUAACCCUCAACACUUUCUGGAUCAAGAUGGUAAAUUUAGGAGGAGAGAGGCAUUUCUUCCUUUUUCUGCAGGUAAGCGAGUUUGUCCUGGGGAACAACUGGCCAAGAUGGAGUUAUUCCUCUUUUUCACUUCCCUUCUGCAGAGGUUUUCAUUCUCAGCACCAGCAGGAGAACAGCCCAGUCUGGAGUGCAACUUGGGAGGUCUUCGAAAUCCCAAACCUUACCGCCUCUGUGCCGUAUCACGUUAAAUAGUCACCCUCCACUGAAUAAGUCUCCUUCAGCACAGUGAACCAUGAUUUCCCGUCACAUUUACAGAGCACAGAUUAAAACCGACCAGGAGAGUAAUUUCCUUUAUCCAAAUAUAUAACACAAUCCUUUACACAUUGCAGUUCCUCUUGACAAUAAAUUUGUAAAACUGA